AUGGAAAAACUCAAGGAAGAGCUGAAGAUGUGGAAGAAAAGAGUUGAAGAAGCUGAAAAUACAAAGCAUGACGUUCAUCUCUCCAAAUUAAUUGCUGAUGAAGACCGUGACAGAGCAGAGAGGAAGCUGACAGAGCUGAAGGAGCAAGAGAAGCAGCAUAAGGACAGAAUGAUGAACUUUGAGAGGGAACUCCUCCUGCUAAAUCAAGAAAACACCGAGCUGAAAAAAGGGAUUGAAAAGCUCAAGGAAGACCUGAAAGAAUACAGUUCCCAGGAUAAUUCGAUUCAAAAGAAGGUGGCAGAAAUGAAAUUGAAGUUCACUCACCUGGAAGAGAUGAAGGAUGGUGGGGCAGAUGUGGAUAUGGACACCCACUGUGUUUUUAGGGCAACCACAAAAAUCCCCUUCAAACUCAAUCAGAAGCAGGCACUGCUGACUUUUGAAGAUGAGGAAGUUGCCCAGAGACUGACAAAGAUGAGCAAGCACUGUGUGAACCUGGACAACAGAACAGCAAAUGUGGCAGUGAAACCUUUUGAACUUGACAUAGGAUUCCGGUUUGAGCUCCACGUCACUGUCUCUGGAAAGAAGAUCAACGUUUCAGAAAUCCCUGAGCUUCCCAUUCCUAAAGAUUGGAUGAGAGACAAACUUGAGCUGAGUUUCUACAAAACUGAGCAGGCAGCAGGAGGAGGAGAAAUAGAAAAUGUGACCUACAACAAAGGGGCUGGGACAGCUGUCAUCACAUUCCUCAAAGCUGGAGCAAGCAAGAACUUUGUGGGAUGUUCCAAAUACCCCUUCUAUGCAGAGGGAAGGUGCUUCAACCUUUGUGUCUCCCCAGAUUUUGAUGUUCAGUUGAGGAAGUUUCAGCCUUACUGCAGGGUUUCCAAAAAAACCAUUCUGCUGAAAGGAAUCCCAGAGGUGGAAGAGGAUGAAGAAAGUGUGCAGGACAUGAUUGAAAUUCAUUUCCAAAAACCAAGCAACGGUGGGGGGGAGAUAGAGAAAAUCAAAUACAUCUCCAGAGGAGCAGCCUAUGUUUGUUUUGAGGAAGAUACUGAGAAUGCCACCUCAGAAAUCACAGGGAACUCAUGAACUUCUGAGGUUUUGUUCCUCACAGGGGUUUGUGUAGUUGUUGUAAAAGAGGAAUUUCUUUCUGAUUUGUCUCAUCUGCAUAGGAAAUCAGCACAACUCCCUGCCUGUGUUCCAGAUGAAAUGCACAGACCAAACCUUCAGCAGCCUCAGGUUUUCUGCAACUUUGCAUAUUUUAUACCUUGCAGAUUUUAGAAUACUCCAGAGUGGGAUGAGUGGAUUAUUUCUUACAUGCUGGAUACAAAAGCCAUAUUUAAUCUCAAUCCAAGCCUCCUCACAGUCCUGCUUUGUUGAAAUGCCAGAGCUUCAGAAGGUGGCUCUGAGACAGCUCAAGUACCUGAAACAAUACUGUAAUUUCAUAAAUAAACAAAAAAAAAGGAAUUUUAUCCAGUAAUUUAAUAAAAGAUAUUUUUAUCAAAUUAGUGAUAGAAUUAAAAUAGAAAAUGGGGGGGUGCAAAACCAAGAAAUUGCACUUAAGAAAUGCCCUGCCAUUUGCUGCCUUUAACUGUACAACUUCUGCCAGUUCAGAGUUUGCUUUAUUGUUUGACUUUAAUAUUUGUUUCUGCAAUU